UCUCUCCAUCUGACCUGUCCUGUCCUCUCCCUCUCUCUUUCUCUUUCUCUUUGUCUUUCUCUCUCCAGAAAAACUUCCCCCGUUUUUACUUCACUGACACACUCCUCCCUCCUCAAUCUUUCCCCAACUUCCUCCUCGAUUUCUCCCUUGCUUCUUUUCAAAUACCCCCAAUUUCAAUUUCAAAUCCCUCAAAAUUUCAUCCAUCAUCAUCAUCAACAUCAAAUUCAAUCCAUUUCAAUCACCCCCAAUAUGAUUACCAAUAUUACUACUGUUUCAAUCAGUUUUAGGGUUAUACUCAUUUUCAUGUUUAUCACCAUCUUUUCUUCAUCUAGGGAUUUGAUCGUCUUCUCCUCUCUCAAAUAGCAUCAAUUUCGACAUGAUCGUCUGCUUCUUUAAUGAUUUUUUUCAAUGAUUGCCCGGUUUUUGAUCAUUCUAGGGUUUAUUUCGGAUUGAUCUUCUUGGUACUGUUCAUUCAGAGGCUUGCCUGUGGAGAGACAUACAGAACUUAACUUGCUUCAAGAAGAGCUCAAAAGAAACUCUAGAGAUGCUGAGUGUACAGAAAUAAACCUGGGCCAGAACUUGAAAAUAUUAAGUGGUUUAUCAGGUCUAUGUCAGGACCUUGACAUUCUAAAGUGGAAAUGAAGGCGACAGAAGCUGCAAAUAAUCCCGCCAAGCAAUUUGAAGAGGCAAUUUUGUCUAGGAAGCAGUACUUAGAUACUGCUAGGGAUCACUACUUGACCGCACUUGCUGGGCUGAGUGGCGGAAAACAAGAACAACCAAAGAUAUCCCCUUGUAGUGAUUCAUCUUUGCUGUUGGAAGACAAUGUCUGCAAUCUAGCAGUUGAAGCUGAACAAGCAUCCACCACACCAGGACAUGGGCUAGAAAAGACAUUUUCUGAAAUGGAUGUACAAAUGCUGUAUCCUAAUGGAGUUCUCAAAGCAUCUGAAAAGGAUUUGGAGGCUGUGAAGUUACAAUUUAAUAAAUCUCUUGCUAGAAAUACGAAAUCCCAAAUCACGGAAAUGAUUUGUAAACUUGGGAUUUUGGGGAAGGAAAUAGAUACUAUUGAUGCUGCAGAUUCAAAAACGACAAGGACUGCCUCAAUAGAUCCUGAUAAUGCUAUGGAGUCACUGCGAAAGACAGUGGUAGAAAGUAGCUCCAUCCACAGGAUGGUAGAGUCUUUAAAAGCUAAACUUGACAAUUUGAAGAAAGAACAUGCAGGAUUAAGUGAUGUUGACGUAGGAGCAGAAUCUGCUGCUAGGAAUCUGAAUUUCAGGUUCUUUAGAAGCAAACCCGAGAAUGAAGGAUGUUUUGCAAAGAAAGAUAAAGCUAGUCAAACUUCUGAAGAAGUAACUCAGGAUAAAGAAGUUAAUGACCUGAAGAUUAAAGCAAGAGGGUUGAAAAGGGAACAUGAUGCUGCAAAAUUUUCUAAAAAUGUGGAGAAGAGACCAAAAAUCAUGCCUGAUGUUGAUGAAGCAAAAGAGCGUAUAGUGAGCUCGGCCGAUCUGGUUAAGAGCUUUCCUGAGGGAAUUCAUCCUGCAUGUGUAUCAACGUCUGAAUCUAGUGCCCGAUUUAUGAUUUCUGAAGAUGAGCUUGAGUCAUCAAGCCAGCAAGUGGGGAAGUCAGCUAAGUUGGAUAGGGGAACUUCGGUUGCAGCAAAGGAAGGAGUUGAGGGGGAAAAAUGUGACUAUGCUUCUGAAUUCUCCAUUCGAGACUUUGUCUUUGCUGCUCGGAAUAGAGAUAUCAGCCUGAAUUGGCCCUUUUCUCAGAAAAAUUUGCAACUUUGUCUGAAGCAUGGUGUAAAGAAUGUAUUGCCUUCUUUUCAGCCUCUAGAUUCUCCGAGAGAUAGUUCCAUGAAUUGUUUGGCUGAGAAUAUAUUGCGCAGUGAAGAAAGUAAUGUGAGGCUGUCAAUGUUUAAUAAUCAUAUUGCACCUGACACUAUACUGCAACUGGAUCAUUCAUGGAACCAGGAUCUUGCUGAAGGCUACAGGGAUUCAGAUUCAUUUCGUACUGGAGGGGAAAGAGAUUUGGUAUUCAAGACUGUUGCGACUGCUAAUUCUCAAUCAGAAGUAGGGUCAGUUUCCACUAGCAACCUUCCUUUGUCGGAAGUCUCGGAUGAACGAGAAGCUGUGGGUUCAGCUGCUAAUAACAAGACAAACAGUUCAGCCUCACAACUAUCCAGUAAGAAGUGCAAAGUGGCAGUGAAGAUUCGUGUUAACAGUAAACGUAACACACCUGAAGAUAUCACCUCUCCUUGUACUGGCCCUCCCGAGACAAUUUCUUCGAAGAUUUGCCCAGUCUGUGAAACUUUCUCAUCAUCUUCAAAUACUACUUUGAAUGCCCAUAUUGAUCAAUGUCUCUCUUCACAAUCUCCUCCUAUCUGGAUGAAGAGUUCAAAGCUAAUCAAGCCUAGAAUAAAGCCAAGAAAGAUAAGAUUAAUGACUGAUAUCUGUGCCACAGCCCCUUGCUGCACAUUGGAAGAUUUGGAUAGGAGAAAUGGUACUAACUGGGCUGCAAAUGCAGAUUUACCCUUGGAGGAGGCUGAUGUACCUUCUGAACGGAGAUGUCCUGGAGUAUCAUCCAGAUAUCUUAAACAAAAUGCUGAUGAUGGUUCUGUUUAUAUUGACUCGAGUGGAAGAAAAAUACGUAUUCUUUCGAAGUUCAAUAGUACGUCACCAUCAUUUUCAAAGGCUAGAGAGGAUCAAAGACCCAAAAAGCAAUCAAGAAAGGCCAAGAGAAGCAAAUUCUUUUCACCUAAUAGGAAAAGGUGUCUUGCUAAACAUUUGAAGUAUCUUAAAGCCACCCGUCAAAGAAAACGGUCUUUCUCUUCGAAGACCAAGGGACCUUCUGUUGAAGCUUGUGGGCUACAAGAUGCUGUGCGUGAAGUGGGAGGCGAGAAACAACCAGCCUCAUUUGUUAAGAGAGUCCAAGUUCAAGAACAGAACCAUCCCGGUGAUCCUGGAGGCAUUACCAAACUCUCCAGGUGUGAGGUUCAAGCAACAAAAGAUUCGCUCAUUGGGAAUGAUCAAGUUGGGAAUGCUGAGGUGGGGCCUAGAUGGACACCUGUCAAGAAGCAUAUUGAUUUGCCAAAGAUAUCCGUCUCCUUUACUCAAAGUAACUUGACAACUCCUGCUAUUUCCCCUGUUUGGGUGGACCGGAGGAGUGACGGUUCUUGUAGAGAGAAGAUGUUGGGUGGCCGUUCACUGAGAGGCGCAGUCCGGGAAAAUAGAGACGCAUUGCAGGUAUCUUUGAAGUCAGGAGCUACUCUGUCUAACAGGAAUAUCGCCGUGGAAUCUACGCCAAAUUCUUCAGAUUCCGCUGUGGUUCCAGCUCCUCCCCUUGAAAGAGAAGCUGACAUCCAACCAAACGUUUUGCCAAAUGCCGUUAUAUCCUUUUCUACUAGCAGGGGACUGUUGCGUAGUUGUCGUGCUGGACCAUCGAAAGGAAUGAGACCGCGCAAUCCAAAAGCUAUGAUUUCACCCAACCGCUCUUGUGCUCGUGGGUGUCAGUCUAAUUCUGAAAAAAUUGGUCCAGCCCUUGAAAACUCUCGUGACUGCCAUGAAGAUGAAGAGGCUGAAGCUUGGUCUACUGACACUAGUGAACAGUUUGAUGCUACGAUUGACCACCCAAAAAGUACCAGAAUUUCCGACUCUCUUGGUAGAAGUAACAUGGUCAAAGUGCGACAAAAAAGAGCCUUGGAAUAUGGUCAGAAUGGAGAUACCAACAGAGAUAAUGAACUUGCUGAUGACACACGUGGUUGCGUCAGUUCUGCCAUGACAGGUCUUCAUAAUGAAACAGAGUUUAUUGCUUCAGUUUCAUCUUCCAGCUUGGCUAUUGGGGUAAAUAAGACUAGUUUGAGGACAACGUUUAAUCCUGAACUAGAAAAAGUUGUGGAUGUAUCUCAGUCUAAAUUACUCCAAUGUUCAGACAAAUUUCAGAGUCCUUUAUUCAGGGCUGAAGCUAGUGGUAAUCUAAGCCAACCUGGUCUAAAUGAUGAGUGUGAGAUGCUUUGUGGAAAUUUGGCGGAUUCUCAGAGACUGGAGCUUAAGACCGGAGAUUACAUUCUCAAUUUCGGUCAUGGAGGUUUUUCUCCGGAAGUUGAUCCAAUGCUUAUUAUUCCAGGACCACCAGGAUCAGAUUUGCCCAGUUUCAGUGAUAUGGGCUCUGAAGAUGAUAAUUAUGAACUUGGAAGAAGACAGGAGGUUGAUGGAGAUCUGUCAGAAUCCCCAUUUUCUGCCACAUCCACCAUCUCAAACUUGGGUAGAAAUAGAACAGAUGAUGUUACUGUCAAUGAACAAAAAUCUUUUGGUGUUUCUCUUUCAGUCCCCGAUAAUGUUUAUCCAGUGUGGUUAGGUGCCAGCUGUGGACCUUUUCCGGGGAUUUCAACAGUUUCUUCACGAAUUACUGCUCCUGAGAGUGAAAGGGUUACUCGUGUUAAUAGUUCGGCAAAUGACGUGAUUGAUCUGCAAUGCUGUCCACAAAUUGAAGAGAUUACUCAAAGCACUAUGACUUCCCAGGAAUCUCAACUUCUAGGUUGGAGACCAACAUUUUCCAAGAGUUUUUCUGGAGGAAAUCAUACAUAUUCCGCAUUGGAUGGAAAUUCAAUUGUUGUUAAUGACCGAAAUGCUGUCCUUUCUUCCAGCAACUAUCACAGGGAAAACUCAGUGAACUCAGCUGAUCCAUUUUCAAGAACUGGUGACUGUGAUUCUAUCAGUCCUUCUGCCCUAACUCUCCGGUUAAUGGGCAAGGAUUUAAAGGUUAGUAACCAGAUAGACACCGAUCUUUCAAGGUCUCAAGCUGCCAUAAAUGGUGACAUGAAUAAAUUGGUUAAAAGAAGUUGGGAACCUCAGAGUCCCACUUUUUUGAGACCUCUUCCUCAUGUUCAGGAUCAUCCACAGUUUUUACCUGUGCGACAUUUUGAUGUUGAAUCUUCAAAUGUGAUGCAUAGUUUUGGAAGCCAUAACCAAUCCUCAGGGGGCAUGUACCUCAAUGAGCGUAUGCAUGCUGGUUUUUCUGUUCUUGGAGCAGGGCCUUUCCGAAGAUAAAGUUGGAAACAAACUUUGAUGUUUCAAGAUCAGUUUUUGCAGAAAUUUUCAUCCAGAAAUAUGGCAAAGAUUUAUAACGAGUUGGGUGUUUCGAUGUUUGAAGAUGGAAGUUAUGGAAAAAGCUUCAAUAGGGCAACAUAAGACGACAUGGUUUACGCAGGGCAUCUAUAGAAAGCUUUCCCUAUGUUAAUAGAACAAUCGGAGGCAAGGGCGCAGUGGCAUGUCUAUCGAUUUUGGAGGCAGAACUAUGCAUCUGUGACUGUGUGGCCUAUCAGCCAUUCAUAAAACUAAUUUAUAAAAAAGUUUACACAAAGAGUUACUCAUAUGUUUCUUCAGUUUUUUUGUUGUUAAACCGGAAGAAAGUAUGCUAUCGGACCGGAACUUCUCACGGGUUUAAUCUAGAUUAGCUAAAGGUUGAACCCUAGAGAGUGGAGCUACUGGUUUUGUUGUGAGUAUAAAUGUAAAAUCAAUGUGACAAGUCCGACUUAUUACUUGUAUAGUUGUAUCAA